AUGUUGAGGACACUCUCUCUAGCUCGGGACCGUCUUAGGUCCAAAGCGACAUUAUCGUCUUCUCCCCUUUCGUCUCCUUUUACCUUUCGUGUCCUCUCUUCUCCAUUUUCAUCGAAGCGUCAUGCGCCUAAGGCGAGCGAAGGAGAAGAGCCGCCGAUAAAAGAUUCCGUUUUGCUGUACCCGAAGGAUCCGUCAAGCACACCUAAGCUCUUUCUUAUCCAGCCUCGUCUUGCGCCGCCAAAGUUUCUGCAGGCGAAGCUGAACGAAGCGCUUUGCCUGGCGAAUUCGCUUGAAGAGCAGAGAUUUGGGUACUUCGAAUCUGAUUUCUAUGACAAGGAAUUGCCUCCUCAUGUUGUUGUUCAAAACCCUGUUGCUAGAUCGUGUAAACCUCGCGCAGAUACUUAUUUCGGGUCUGGGACUGUAGAAAACAUCAAAUGCCAUCUAAAUGCUGAGGAUUCCAAGGAAGAAGUUGAUGCUGUUUUUGUCAACGCCAUUUUAUCAGCAAUUCAACAACGGAAUUUGGAGAGAAUAUGGGGAAAACCUGUGCUAGACCGUGUAGGCCUUAUAAUCGAAAUAUUUAAUGCUCAUGCGCAUACAAAGGAAGCUAAACUACAGGCUGAGUUAGCAUCUCUGAUGUACAAAAAGAGCAGGCUGGUUCGAGUGCGUGGUAGUGAUGGAAAACAGACUUUUGGGCAGUUUGGAGAAGCUGAAGUUGUUAGUGCUCGAGGGAGAGCAGCAGGUACGGGAACUGGUUUCGUAGGUGGUGCAGGAGAAACUGAGCUUCAGCUUCAACGCCGAAGAAUAUCAGACCGGAAGCUUCGGUUGUUAGCCCAAAUUAAAGAAGCCCGACGAACACGGCUAUUGCAGCGUGCUGCACGUAAGAGACAAGGUAGCUUAGCGGGUAAAAGUUUAGCCACCAUUGCUGUCGUUGGUUACACAAAUGCUGGAAAAUCAACUUUGACAAGUGCUUUAACAAAGACUGCUCUCUACUGCAAUGAGCGAUUGUUUGCCACAUUGGAUCCUACACUUAAGAGUGCCAUCCUUCCUUCUGGAAGGAAAGUGCUUCUUAGUGACACUGUUGGAUUCAUAUCUGAUCUGCCUAUACAGCUGGUGGAAGCAUUUCAAUCUACUCUGGAAGAAGUUGUAGAAGCUGAUCUACUUCUGCAUGUAGUUGAUUCGACGGCUCCAAAUAUCGAGGAGCAUCGGUCAACAGUGUUUCACGUCCUUAAUCAAAUUGGAGUACCAGAAGAGAAGCUUAAAAAUAUGAUUGAAGUCUGGAACAAAAUUGAUUAUGAAGAAGAAGAGGAGGAAGUGGUAGACGCGCUUUAUCUAGACGAUGGCAAAGAAGAAGAAGCUGAGCUAAGCGACGGUUUAAAAGCUGAAGAAACAUUUGAAGCAUCUGAAGUAACAGUCGAUGAAGAGCAAAUCCAAAACCAAGACGAUGACUCUGAUGGGUGGCUAUUAUCUGAAGAUGAAAAUGAUAGUGACACUGAGCUCUGGAAAGUUCCGGAAGAUGCUGAAGUAGAUGGUGUUCUGAACACUGAACCACAUGUUAAAGUUUCUGCAUUGACAGGAGUUGGUCUGAAGGAACUGAUGUAUCUUAUCGAUGAAAGAUUGAAAGGUGAAGACGAGAAGCGCAAGUCUCCAACAAUAGUCGACAGGAACGAGCUUCAGAGCCGUAAAUGGAGACCUCCUCGUAAAGAUGAUGAAGAUUUAGAAGCUGAACAAUAG